AGGGGUUCUGUGAAACACCGGGGCUCAAGAGGAGAACAGCCCACGAUAUCCAGGGCUAAGAUGUUGGUCUUGAACAACCUCAGAGGUUUGACUUCCCUGUUUUUUGGCAAGCAGGUGAGAGGUAGUUCCAGGAGUCAUCAGAUGGUACCAGAGAGAGCAUGCACCGGAGGCUCCUGUGUUCCAAGAAAUAGGAAUAAAUCCUUACAUCCACUCUGGAGAAGUCCAGUAUCUGUUCCAGGAGGCACAGCACAAUCUCCUAUCAAUAUCCAGUGGAGAGACAGUGUCUAUGACCCUCACCUGAAACCCCUGAAAAUCUACUAUGACCCAUCUUGUUGUCUUCAUGUGCGGAACACGGGAUACUUCUUUGAGGUUGUAUUUGAUGAUUCCACCGACAGAUCAGGAAUUAGUGGUGGACCUUUGGGCAAUCAGUACAGACUCAAGCAAUUCCACUUCCACUGGGGAGAAGUGAAUGAUUGGGGCUCAGAACACACAGUGGACAAUCAAGUUUACCCAGCUGAGCUUCAUUUAGUACACUGGAAUUCUGCUAAAUAUCAAAAUUACAAAGAAGCAGUAAUGGGAGAAAAUGGUUUGGCUGUAAUAGGAGUAUUCUUGAAGCUGGGAAUGGAGAAUAAGGAGCUGCAGAAGUUGGUCAAUAUCUUACCAGAAAUUAAGCAUAAGGACACCCAUGUGGCCUUAAACAGAUUUGAUCCUUCUUGUCUGUUGCCCUCCUGUCAAGAUUAUUGGACCUAUGGUGGAUCUCUGACCACCCCACCUCUUACAGAAUCUGUCACUUGGAUCAUUAAGAAAAAGCCUAUUGAGGUUGGCCAUAAUCAGCUAGCUGAGUUUCGAAGGCUACUAUUUUCUGCCCUUGGGGAGGAAGAGAAGAAGAUGGUGAACAAUUUUCGCCCACUUCAGCCUCUUAUGAAUCGUACUGUCCGGUCAUCCUUCCUAACCAAGUACUUCUGAAACACAGGACUCAUCUCCAAAUGGAAUCCCCACUCCUGCAGCCCCAGUCGACCUGUCCAGCAGUCUUUAAAAAAAUAGCUAGUGUGAUAUUUCAGCAUUCCAAUUUGCUAAGAAAGGCAGAAUAGAAAUUGGAAUGAGAAGAAUAAUUAGGAGUUUCACAUGCUCACAGCUUUGACCUGACUGGUGCCACAAUAAACUAAGAAAAACUGAUUGA